AUGAGGUCGCUCAAGUAUUUGACGGCCUUGUUGCCCCUGUUCGUCACCAAUGGCCUCGCAGCAAAAUGGGCCGAUUGGAACAAAGAAAAAGAUGUCCUCGUGGUGGUAACGACGACCAGAACAGUGACCAUCUGCCCCCUGACGGAACUCUUUACUUGCGAUAUCGAUCUUCCGACCAACACCGCCUCCUACCCCGACACUACUCCGGUCGAGCCGACACACACUGGACGUCCAGGGGGCCAUGGGCCGGGCGGUCAUCAUCCCGGGGGUCCUGAUGAAAGCACUGCCACUCCGGGUGAAACUGAUAGCACUACGACUCCGAGUGGACCGGAGAGCACGACCACAAACCCAAGUGGACCUGAAAGCACCACCACUCCAGGUGGCCACGACGGUGGUCAUCAUCCCGGUGGCCCUGGUGAAAGCACUACAACUUCCGGAAGCUAUGUCGAAAGCAGCACCACGCCCAGCGGUCCUGAAACUACCACAACCUCGAAAGGAAGUGAGGGAAGUAGCACCACCAGCCCUACAGAUACGACCACCAAGAUACCUGGUCACGAUACAACCAGCAAAAGUGAAACUACUUCACCCACCGGAACCACCUCAAAGACCACUACUGCCUCAGUCUCCGGAACCACCUCAGAGACUACGUCUUCCUCGGUUUCUGGAACGGCGUCGAAGACUACUUCGGCCUCAGUUUCUGGAACCACAGAGACUACCUCUUCGGUUUCUGGAACCACAAAGACUACUUCGGGAACGACUUCGAAGACUACUUCGGCCUCCGGAACCAAGACAACCUCUGGCAGCGUCACGUCCACCUCAAAGACAACAUCUGGGAGCACCACGACAAGCAAGACUACUUCUACCACUUCCACCUGUGCUGCCUCAACCGUCUCGGCAUCCGGUAUUCCUACUCCGACAUGCAAUACCCCAGAAGACCGUAGCAAAUGGUGCUUGGGCAAAUCGGUCGAUGAUGAUACUCACGAUACCUUCUACACCGGAACAACCAGGGAAUACACUUUGACAAUCACCGCUCAAGACAUCGACUUUGAUGGCACUGCCAAGCCUGCCUUUGCUGUCAACGGCAAGUCUCCUGGUGAACCUAUCGUUGCCAAUUGGGGUGAUAUGGUUGAGGUCACAGUCAUCAACGCAAUGACCGACAAUGCCACCACUAUUCAUUGGCAUGGUAUUCGGCAAGUGGGCACCAAUGAUCAAGAUGGUGUUCCUGGUGUGACUGAAUGUGCCAUCCCCCCCUUGGGUUCUCGAGUUUAUAAAUGGCAUGCUUCGACCUAUGGAACGGGUUGGUACCACUCUCAUGCUUUGGCUCAGUACGGGGGUGGUAUCCGAGGCCCUGUCAUCAUUCAUGGGCCAGCUACCGCAGAUUAUGACCUCGACAUGGGCACAGUUAUGAUUGAUGAAACCUUCAGUCAAACAAUCUUCCAAAUGGCCUAUAACAUUGCCAGAGUCCGAGGAGCCCUGCCACCAUCCACUAACUACCUGCUCAACGGUAAGAACAAGUCUCCAGAUGGCACCACGGGUGAAGCUACGAAAUGGACCGUCAAGAAGGGCAAGAAGCAUCUCUUCCGCAUCAUCAAUAGCUCUGCUCAAACCGCAUACGCUGUCCACUUCGACAACCACAAGAUGACCGUCAUCGGCGCCGACUAUACCCCCAUUGUGCCGUACGAGACCGAUAUUUUGUGGAUCCAGAGUGGCCAGCGAUACAAUGUCAUUGUCGAGAUGAAUCAGCCUGCCGGAGCAUACUUCCUGCGUGCCGUUACCCAAACCGGGUGCGGUGUCACCUGUGGCAACACUGGUCUUGGAACAUCUAAUGGUAUCUUCACAUACGAAGGCGCUUGCGGCACGCCAGUCUCGGACAACUUCACCAUCACCACCGCCGGCGACUGCAAGGAUGAACCACUUGCCAGCCUUGUUCCUCACGUGUCCAAGAAUGCCGGCUCGACCAGCGACUUUACCUCCACUGUCAAACUCCUCCCGGGGGGGAAUGCUGGCAGCCAGAACUUUGACGGUUACGGGUCUAUUAUCCGAUGGUUCCUGGGGGGUCUCAAAGAACUUUCCGAGAACAGCGCUACUCCUGCGGCUAAUAAGGCCGUCAAUGUGACUUACAGUGAACCCACACUCAAGACACUUGCGACCUUGCCAACCUUACCACUCAACAGCUCCUUGUACAGCAACUCGGCUGUCCUGGAUGGUCCUGCCGGGGAAUGGGUCUACUUCGUUAUCCAGAACAACUUCCAGACCUCACACCCCAUGCAUCUUCACGGGCACGAUUUCUCCGUCCUUGGUCAAGGUCGUGGUGUCUUCACGUCCGACAUGGUGGGACAACUCAACUUCGACAACCCUAUUCGACGAGAUACUGCCCUUCUCUUCGGUAUCGGCAGCCCAACAGCAUUCACUUCCGGUUGGACCGUCAUUGGUUUCCAGACCGACAACCCCGGUGCCUGGGUCAUGCACUGCCACAUCAUCUGGCACGCGGACGGCGGUAUGGGCCUUCAAUUCCUUGAACAACCAGAUGCCAUUGACGCCGAACAAUAUUGGGAAACUCCCUCCUUCCAGGAUGAGUGCGCUGCCUACGAAUCAUACGAAGCUGCUGGUGGCGAAGGCAAGGCUCCAUAUGAAUCAGGCCUCAAGAGACGACACCUGGGCGGGUACCAUUAUAGACCCCAUGGACGCCACAUGCACUAA